AAAAACCAACAUCUGCAACCUUCAUGUGCUUGAAGUUUUUGACAAUCGGGCGAUAUCGAUAUCAUUGAUAUACAGGUCAAACUUUCAUACAGAGGACAGAUAGUAAAUCGCCGCUUGGCACCCGGUUUGAACGCGACAUGUUCCGUAGCGGCUUUUACAGCUCGAUCGUCAGGGGCCAGUGAAAUCUGUUCCCAACAGCUGAAUAGUCUAGACCAGCGACAACGGUGCCUCCUCAUCGCACUAACCGUGCCGGCGCCGUUGUCUUGACGCCAUCUCUCUCAUGCGGCAAUAGUCACUUGAGGAGUAACCAGCCAAUCCAAUAGUUCAGGUUGAUACGAUAUAUGUCGCUUGGUUCGGCUAUCAACGUCUCGGUGGUCGCAGCAAGAGUUGAUCGUCCUUGACGUGACAGUUAGAAGCAAGAAACAACGUCGGAGGAUGUUCAAACGUGUUCAAAGUGGUAAUCUCCAUGUUGGAUCAACUCCACUGCUGACGUAUCCAGCAUAUCCCUGGCUGCAAAAGGUGUCAACGCGCCAGCCAGCCAUAACGCAGAGUGGAAGGAAAGCAUUCGUGACAAGCAUCUACCACCUAAGCGACGGAUGUGUGGGGGAACAACCGAGGAUGAUUUCAUCAACGCUGCCUGAGAACACGAAUCCUUCGUUGUUACUAACGGUAGCCGAUUUGUUCGGAAUCCUUUGGCCGAAGUUUGUGCUUUUUAGCCGCAUGAAAGUAUGUGAUAGCACUUAGUAGGUUUGAAUAGUUGUCGUUCUCUCCCACUUGCCGUACUGGCUCUAGCACAGUACGCGGCUUAACGACUUCGUUGACGUUAGUCGUUGAUGUUCUCGUCAUUGGGAAUAUGACGCCCGUUUUCGCGAUUGAAACUUUUUGGUUGACUGUGCUCACCCUGGUCCGUCUCUAC